AAGAAGCAAGAAGCAAGAAGCAAUGGGCAGCCCUUUCUUCGUUGUCUUUAUCUUUCUUAUUACAUUGGAAGUUAGCCAGGUGAUGGGUGCUCCCAACUGCGGGCCAAUUCUAGCCAGUGAUACAGACCGGAUUGAAUUUGCUCUUAACCUUGAAUUCCUUGAAGCAGAGUUUUUCUUGAGUGGUGCACUUGGUAGAGGGCUCGACAGCAUUGCUCCAUCUUAUGCCGACGGCGGCCCGCCGCCCAUCGGUGCUAAGAAGGCCAAUCUCGACCCUUUAGUUGCCGCGAUCAUCGAGGAAUUCGCAUAUGAGGAAGUUGGACAUCUCAGGUCUAUAAUUACAACAAUAGGAGGAUUUCCAAGGCCGCAGUUGGAUCUUAGCCCUCAGAAUUUUGCAAACCUAUUUGACGCUGCAGUUGGUUUCAAAUUGAGCCCUCCAUUCGACCCUUACUUGGACCCAACCAACUAUCUCUUAGCAUCUUAUGUGAUCCCUUAUGUAGGAUUGGUGGGUUAUGUUGGCACCAUUCCAAACCUAGUCAACAAAACUUCUCUUAGUUUGGUUGCGUCGCUUUUGGGCGUGGAGGCCGGACAAGAUGCGGUUAUAAGAACACUGCUAUACGAGAGAGCCAACCAGAAGGUACAGCCGUACAACAUGACAGUAGCCGAGUUUACUAUCAGUCUCUCUGCGCUUAGAAACAAGCUGGCCAUGUGUGGCAUCAAAGAUGAAGGGAUAGAAGUACCUUUAUUUCUCGGGGCAGAAAAUCGUACGGACAGCAACAUCCUCUCCGCCGAUCCUAAUUCCCUUUCGUAUUCUCGGACGCCACCGGAGAUCUUGAGGAUAAUAUAUGCAACCGGCAGCGAGUACAAACCUGGUGGGUUUUAUCCUAACGGUGCUGGUGGGAAAAUCGCAAGCAGCUUUCUUCAAAAAGCCUAGGACGCUCUAUACUAUUCUCAGCUACAUGAUUAAUAAUUUUAUUAUAUGCACGAAUAAAUAGACAUGGAUGUUAAAAAAAAAAAAAAAAUUUACAAUUUGGUGCAGGAAUAAA